AUGUCGAGCUCUGUGUCAUGGCAGCGCUACGACGAUGAGUUCCACAUCUCUGGCAUUCUUACGGAGGCAGCGCGGGCGUGUGUGUCAGCCCACCCGACCGAUGUGAAAGACUUCUUCUCCCGCUACUUCCGUGAGGUGGCCGAGGGGACGUCUGUGAAGGCGCUUCAUCACAACGAAGUGCUGAGCGCGGCUGGUGAGACAGCUGUCACCUUCACCGUGGAGCUGUGCGUGGGGCCUGAGGUGUCCGUGACCACCGGGGAUUUGCUGUCAUUUGCCGAUAGGGGGAGGGAUGGCGAGGUGCGCGCGUCCCUGGCAGCGUCGGAAGGGGCCACCGAUGCCGAGGGCAACAGCUACUCCGUGAUUCAAACCACGUGUGCUGCGGUGGUGUCGAAGUUACUUCAGCUUGGCUACGCAGAGCCGCAGCGCGAGUGGGAUUCGGCUCUACGCACUGCUCUCUCCCCGUCCCCACUCGCCAGCGGUGCCUCUGCACUUCAAUGGGUGCUGAGCAUCAUGGCGUCUUUGGUGGCCGCUAAGCAGCGCUGCGUGCCACUGCACCAGUACGUUGCUGCGCUGGUCGACGACCACCGCAGUGGUGGACCCGCUGUUGGCGGCGCGCACGUGAAACCGGCACGAGCCGGUGUCUCAGCAGCUUCAGCAGCACGAGCCGGCUCAGACGCGUCAGCGCGACCGUUUUCUGUACCGCAGUUGCUGGUGACAUUCUUGGUUCGCACCGCCAGGUCAGACGCGCCGGAUGCGAUGCAUAGUGUGCGCUUCUCUCACGUGUAUGUUGCCUUGGAUGUGCUGACCUCGUCUGUGGGCGACGCGCACGGGGGUGAGAAGUCGAUGCCCGUCAGCGGUACUGUGCUGCGGCAGCGCAUGCAGAAGGUGUGCAAGGCUGCACAGCGCUUUCUGCAAUCCCACCCAACCUCUUCCAGCGUGGGCACGGGUGGGACACUACACUGGGACGGCGCCGUGAACCUAACAGACGUUGUGAAGGCUGUGACGGAAGCACUGUCUGGUGCUCAGCUGAACGUCGGCGCUGAGGUGUGCGUGGGCUUGUCAAUGGGCGUGUCCACGACACGCGUGCCUGCAGCCAACGCGGCAGACGGUGACGCGUCCAAGGACGCUUCCGGAGACUGCAAGGUGCUAUACAGCCUCUUCGGAGGUGGAGAGCCGCCGGUGACGGGCGAUCAGCUCAGCGAGUACGUCAAGGAGCAGCUGAAAGAGGUGGACCCGGACAUUGUGCAGUUUCUCGAGGAUACGCAUGCCAUGGAAGACGACGUCGCUCGCCAGCGGCUUCAGAUGGCUCUGCAGGACUCCAUCGUUCUGAGUGACGUGGUCGCUGUGCAACGGGAGUCGGGGUCGGCAACAUCGGGUCUUGCUAGUCCGUUACUUAUACCGGCUUACGACGGCGCGUUCCCGAACAGUGUGAUGAACCCCCGCGACUGUGGCACCAUCAGCGACGUUGUCGAGUAUGUGUGUGCUGCUGGGGAGGAUUUGCGCCGGGCAGUAACUGUUUUAGUCGACACUGCUGCCGGGGAUCCGCAGACUGCGGCUCACGUCGUCGACUUAGCGAUCGCCGGCGGCGCAUCUUACGUGCUCGUCAGCGCCGGCGUCUUCAGCGCGCACACAGCUGCAGCGGUCAGCCGACUGGCAUCUCGAACGGACGAGUUGACGAAUAUGCAGAUGGCGGCACCACGGCCGUCCGCGCAGCGUUUCAACCGCUACGACUGGCCUCCGCUGCCCACCGCGGAGGUCCCACCGAUCCGCCGGAAGGGCGACAAGAAGAAGAAGGAUAUCGGCAAGGCCAACAACAGGAAGAAGUAA